CUCACCCCCUCCCCACCAUGCCUGCUUCCUCUCUCUUCUUUCUCUCUCACAGCAGAAUCUUUCCUUUCCCGAUCCAGUCACUUUCUCUCCGCUCUCCACGUUUUCCUUCCCAGCCCUGCACAUCUCCGGAUCAAUGGAUGGUACAGGGCUCUAACUCUUGCCUCUCACAUACAGCUGGUGGACAGCACCAGUAACAAGUGAGAGCUUCGCAUCCUUUUUUUUACAUUUUUAAAAUCUUUCCCUCCAAGGAACAUCUGUCAAGCUAGAAAGGGAGAGAAUAAUCAUACCGUAGCUGUUUCCCGUUGGAUUGUCAGCGUACAAAUUUUUAUUUUAUCUUGUACUGCAGGAGCGGAAGAAAUGGAAGGAGCCUUAUUCUUUUGAUGCACCCUGCUUUGCCUUUUGGCUGGAUCUCUUUCCCCCUCCCUCCAUGGAUGCUAUUCAAACAGAAGGACCUCCUGUCGCCUUACCGCUUCUUUUCCUCUGAGUUAGUUCUCUGACAUUUCCUGACUUGGAGACUGAAUGCAACUUUUAAAGGAAAUAAUAACAGACAAAACAGGAGCCCUGAAACCGCCUCACCUUGUUAUUGGGGAAGAACUAAGGGAAGACUCCUUCCACCCCCAGCAAAAGGGAGGAGAUCCAAGUGGCUGUGUGUAACGUGUGGGAUUGUUGCCUGUGAUCCGGACCCAAAUAUCCGUAGGUGUGUUUUGAAAUAUGGAGAAUAGCCUUGGAUGUGUUUGGGUACCAAAACUGGCUUUUCUGCUGUUUGGGAUCUCUGUCCUCACUCUGGAUCUUGAAGUCACGGGCUCCCAGGUUAAGGGAUUUACAACAUUACGGUUCCUGAUUGAGCCUUCGGAUGCUGUUACCAUGCGAGGAAGUAACGUCUUACUCAACUGUACAGCAGAGUCAGAUCAAGGAUCUCCAGUCAUCAAAUGGAAGAAGGAUGGCGCUUUUUUAAACUUGGCAGUGGAUGAGAGAAGACAGCAAUUUUCCAAUGGAUCUCUUUUGAUACAAAAUAUAGUCCAUUCCAGACACCAUAAACCUGAUGAGGGCCUUUAUCAGUGUGAAGCAUCAUUAGAAGGAAUUGGAGCCAUCAUCAGUAGGACAGCCAAAGUCUCAGUAGCAGGUCCAUUAAGGUUUCUGUCUCAGACAGACUCUGUCACAGCAUUUACGGGAGACACCAUUUUGUUAAAAUGUGAAGUUGUUGGAGAACCUAUGCCUACAAUCCACUGGCAGAGGAAUCAAGAAGACCUGAUUUUGAAUCCUGGUGAUACGCGUGUGGCAAUCCUGCCUUCUGGAUCUUUACAAAUCAGCAAAAUUCAAGCAGGGGACAGUGGGAUUUAUAGAUGCCUGGCAAAAAAUCCUGCAAGUUCAAGAAUUGGAAAUGAAGCAGAAGUCAGAGUUUUGUCAGAUCCUGGGUUGCACAGGCAACAAUUUUUCCUGCAAAGACCGUCAAACGUGGUUGUUGUAGAAGGGAAAGAUGCAGUGUUGGAAUGUUGUGUUUCUGGCUAUCCAGCCCCAGUCUUUACAUGGCUGAGAGGAGAUGAAACAAUUCCAUUCAGGUCUAGAAAAUAUUCAUUACUCGCUGGUAGUAACUUGCUGAUAUCGAAUGCAACAGAUGAUGAUUCUGGGACAUAUACUUGCGUGGUUACAUACAAAGAUGAGAACAGCAGUGCUUCAGCAGAAUUAUCGGUAUUGGUUCCACCAUGGUUUAUCAAUCAUCCUUCAAAUCUCUAUGCCUACGAAAGUAUGGACAUUGAGUUCGAAUGUGCUGUCUCCGGUAAACCAAUCCCUACAGUGCAGUGGAUCAAGAAUGGAGAAGUCGUCAUUCCUAGUGAUUAUUUUCAGAUUGUGGGUGGCAGCAACCUGCGAAUUCUGGGGUUGGUAAAGUCAGAUGAAGGCUUCUACCAGUGCGUAGCUGAAAAUGAUGCCGGAAACGCACAGACCAGCGCACAGCUAAUCAUCCCUGAGCCUGCUAUCCCAAGUUCCAGUAUCCUCCCCUCUGCUCCCCGAGAUGUGGUCCCUGUUUUGGUCUCCAGUCGAUUUGUCCGUCUCAGUUGGCGUCCCCCCGCGGAGGCAAAGGGAACCAUCCAGACGUAUGCUGUGUACUUCUCUAGGGAAAGUGUCAACAGGGAGCGGGCUCUAAACACGUCUCAGUCUGGGGUGCUCCAGCUCACAGUGGGGAAUCUGAAACCCGAAGAGACCUACACCUUCCGAGUGGUGGCAUACAAUGAAUGGGGACCAGGAGAAAGCUCGCACCCCAUUAAAGUGGCAACACAACCAGAAUUGCAAGUUCCAGGACCAGUAGAAAACCUACGGGCUGUAUCUGUUUCACCUACCUCAAUUCUUAUUACAUGGGAACCCCCUGCCUAUGCAAAUGGUCCAGUCCAAGGUUAUAGACUAUACUGUACAGAAGUAACCACUGGAAAAGAACAGAAUAUAGAAGUGAAUGAUCUAUCAUACAAGUUGGAAGGGCUGAAGAAAUUCACAGAAUAUACCCUACGAUUUCUGGCUUAUAAUCGUUAUGGACCUGGAGUGUCAUCUGAUGACCUGACUGUCAGGACCCUUUCAGAUGUUCCAAGUGCUAUGCCUCAGAAUGUCUCCUUGGAAGUGGUGAACUCAAAGAGCAUCAAAGUGAGUUGGCUACCUCCACCUACAGGUAUGCAAAAUGGAUUUAUCACCGGCUACAAAAUCCGACACAGAAAAACAGCCCGUAGGGGUGAGAUAGAAACACUGGAGCCAAACAACCUCUGGUAUCUGUUCACAGGUCUUGACAAAGGAAGCCAAUACAGUUUCCAAGUAGCAGCUAUGACAGUCAAUGGAACAGGACCCUCUUCAGAUUGGUAUACCGCAGAAACUCCAGAGAAUGAUCUCGAUGAAUCUCAGGUUCCUGACCAGCCAAGCUCUCUUCAUGUCAGGCCUUUGUCAACCAGCAUCGUAAUGAGCUGGACACCGCCUCUGAAUCCAAAUAUCGUUGUACGUGGAUACAUCAUUGGCUAUGGUGUGGGCAGCCCAUACGCUGAGACAGUGCGAGUAGACAGCAAACAGCGAUACUAUUCCAUUGAACACUUGGAACCCAGUUCCCACUAUGUCAUCUCUUUGAAAGCUUUCAACAAUGUUGGGGAGGGUGUCCCUCUUUAUGAAAGUGCCACCACCAGAUCUCUGACAGACCCCAUUGACCCAUUAGAAGUUGAUUUUUAUCCUUUGCUUGAUGAUUUCCCUACCUCAGUCCCAGAUAUCUCCACCCCCAUGCUCCCACCAGUAGGUGUCCAGGCCGUAGCAUUAACCCACGAUGCGGUGAGGGUCAGCUGGGCAGACAACUCUGUCCCCAAGAAUCAGAAGACAACCGAGGUUCGAUUUUACACCGUCCGAUGGAGAACCAGCUAUUCAACAAGUGCUAAAUACAAGUCAGCUGACACAACAGCACUGAGUCAUACUGUAUCAGCUCUUAAGCCCAACACCAUGUAUGAGUUCUCUGUGAUGGUCACAAAAGGUCGAAGGUCAAGCACAUGGAGUAUGACAGCUCAUGCUACUACAUAUGAAGCAGCCCCAACCUCUGCUCCCAAGGAUCUGACAGUCAUUACUCGUGAAGGCAAACCUCGGGCUGUAAUUGUGAGCUGGCAGCCUCCAUUAGAAGCCAAUGGGAAAAUUACAGCAUACAUCCUUUUUUACACCUUGGACAAGAACUCCCCCAUUGACACUUGGGUUAUGGAAUCCAUCAGUGGUGAUCGGCUUACACAUCAAAUCAUGGACCUCAAUUUGGACACAGUCUACUACUUUCGAAUACAAGCUCGUAACGCCAAAGGAGUGGGACCACUCUCUGAUCCUAUUCUUUUCCGGACUCUAAAAGUGGAACAUCCUGACAAAAUGGCUAAUGAUCAAGGUCGCCAUGGAGAUGGGGUCUAUUGGCCAGUUGACACAAACUUGAUCGACAGAAGCAGCCUUAAUGAACCCCCCAUUGGGCAAAUGCAUCCUCCACAUGGAAGUGUAACACCCCAGAAGAACAGCAAUCUUCUUGUCAUCAUCGUUGUCACUGUUGGAGUUGUGACUGUGGUCGUAGUGGUGAUUGUGGCUGUGAUUUGUACUAGGCGAUCGUCAGCACAACAGAGGAAAAAGCGUGCUACUCACAGUGCUGGCAAGAGGAAGGGCAGCCAAAAAGACCUGAGACCUCCAGAUCUUUGGAUACACCAUGAAGAGAUGGAAAUGAAGAAUAUUGAAAAGCCAUCAGGCUCUGAACCACCAGGAAGAGACUCACCCAUGCAAAGCUGUCAGGACAUCACUCCAGGCAGCCACAGCCAAUCUGAAACUCAGAUGGGCAGCAAGAGUGCCUCACAGUCUGCUCCUGACACGGAAGAAGUAGGAAGCAGCAUGUCCACAUUGGAACGUUCCCUGGCAGCUCGCAGGGCAACACGUGCCAAACUCAUGAUUCCUAUGGACUCACAACCCAGCAAUCCCUCUGUAGUCAGUGCCAUCCCAGUCCCAACAUUAGAAAGUGCUCAGUACCCAGGGAUCCUGCCUUCGCCGACAUGUGGAUACCCACAUCCUCAGUUCACGCUCCGACCUGUGCCAUUCCCAACGCUCUCAGUCGAUCGGACUUUUGGGACAGGAAGAACAGUGAGUGAAGCACCAGCCCCACAACAAACGUCCAUGUUACCACAAUCACAGCCUGAACAUCCCAGCAAUGAGGAUGCCCCAAGCAGGACAAUUCCAACAGCAUGUGUCCGGCCUACGCAUCCUCUCCGCAGCUUCGCCAACCCCUUGCUACCUCCGCCAAUGAGUGCAAUAGAACCGAAAGUCCCUUACACACCACUUUUAUCUCAAACAGCGCCCAGCCUUCCCAAGGCUCAGGUUAAGACAGCAUCACUUGGACUAGCUGGAAAAGCAAGAUCCCCUCUUCUUCCCGUCUCAGUGCCGACAGCCCCAGAAGCAUCAGAAGAGGGUCUCAAACAAACAGAAGAUCCUGCAAACGUAUAUGAACAGGAUGAUUUAAGUGAACAGAUGGCUAGUUUGGAGGGGCUAAUGAAGCAACUUAAUGCCAUCACAGGCUCAGCCUUCUGAAGGUUUUGGAUGAUGAAUGGAAGAAUGGAGUUACCCAGGAACAUUGCAGCAUACCAGCGUUUCAAAUAUACCACCACCCAAAGUCCUCAUCUGCCGUGUAGCUAACUGAUGCACCGCCAAACCCUGUUCUAAGGAUGGAUCUCACAGUGUUCAUACCGAUCCAGCAACAGCACUGAGCAGCACUGAGAAGCAAGAAACAAGAUGUUGGGACACUAGCACACACCUCUUAAUGGUGGUUUUGAUCUUCUGGCCUUAGUAGCGCACCAGUGGUGGGGUGGAGGGAAGUCAUAGUUUAGACCUGCUUCACAUAUUAUCCUAUUGUUAGCAUCUUGUGGCUUUUAAGUGACCAAUGCUUGCAUUUCCCCAUGUGAGACAUACAACAACAUUGUCUAAAAUGAAGAUCAAAUUAAAUUCUGGGAUUAUGCUUCCUUGUAGAAAUUCCUCAUGGAAUGUCUCCCUUUGCUUAGAUUGUCAUUAAGUGAUAUUCCCCCAUUUUUAAACAACAACAACAACAGCAACAACAACAACAACAACAACAACAACAACGGAGACUAAAUGCAAACCGAUAGGAUCAUUCCACUUAUGGUGAAGUCCAUUACAAAUUAACCCUGCAGAUCCACCAAGCAUGUAAUGGUCCUAUCCUAUGCCUGCAAUCAUGUUGCUAGCCACCUUUUCUUUCUACCAGUCCUCUUAUUUCCUCAGAUUUACCUUUGUGAAAAAGAUAGAGCCUUCAGCCCAAUGUGCUUACAGAAAUUGUAAAGACUUCAGGGCUGGGGACUUGUGUGGGACAUCGAUAAAUGGUGAAGAGCCUGAGCCAAGGAAGCUCCAGUGUUUCUCAACUUCAGCAUUAAUAGAUACUGCACAUGGAUGUUCAAAUACCCUAAAAUUUUAUUGGUGCAUCUAUUGCAAGUCCUCUCUAUCAACCAUAGUAAUCUAUUCACAAAGGUAAGCUUGGGACAAGUGGAAAGAUCAGGUGGCAUUCUCCUCUCAGUGUAUUCUACAAAUCAGUUUUACAGUUCUUGUAGUAAUAGAGAUGGGUUUGCUUUAAAAGAUCUCCAAGGAAGCUUUGAAAAAUGUAAGCCAAUCAUGAGCUGACUUAGAGGAAAUUUUCUUCAUUAAUUUCCACUGGACAUAAAAAAACCCCAAGAAGUGAGCCUACUGUUUCUUCUUCAGGAACAAUACUAGAUGAAGUUAAGUGACUUUUGCCAAUACUAGCAACAUUUUUCUGUUUUGUUUAUCUAUAACACCAGUUUUAGUCAUCAAAUUUAAUUGUGCUUUCAUUUAAAUUGAUCACAAGCAAUGUGCUGGACAUUUCAAACAAGACCAUUGCCAAAUUGUGUGGAAGAAGAAACCAAGUAGGUCAAUUUCCCAGUUACAAUGAUGUCAUCAUGGAAAUAUAUGAAGCAGGUGUUGAAGGCCAUUCUUUCCUUCCUUCCUUCCUUAUAGGUUUGUAAUUUUAUGAUGUAGACCAUACAGGAGCAUUAUGGCAUGCAUCUUAAGGCACUGUGAAAUCAUAUGUUUUGUGUAACUCCUCUUCUUUGUUUUCCUUCAUAUUUUCAUUGUUAAACAUCAGCACAUAGCACCAAAGGGUUGGUAUAUUCUCAACGGCACAAAAAAUGAAUGCAAAUAACAGUAACGCUCUCUAUCUAUCUAUCACAUAGCAUAAGUGACAGCAAUUUUUUUGAGAGAGAAAUGGAACACUGGUGCAAAUGUCCUUGGAGUUACAUAUAUUCUUCAACAGAGGUUAUCAGUAGUGAAUGUGCAUCUUUGCCAGGCUGCUAGUAUCUAUAUGCAUUUCAAAACAGAUCUAAUAUAUAGUACGGCCCCCUUACCUACAGGACCAGUACCCAAAGUUUCAUGUACCCACAUCUAACAAAAUAUGUCCUCUCUGGGAAUGUUCUAGUUCCUCCAGGCAAUACUAUGGUAAACUUCCACCAGAAGUUAAUAUAGAGUCACCCUAGAGAACAUUAGCAAAUUCUAGGAAUAUUCAAGGUCUUCAAGGGUGACUCUAUGGGAACUUUCAGUGAAAGUCAUUCAUUUUAAUAGGGUUUGGUAUUAUCCACAGUACUCUGUUUCUAUGGUAAGUUCAGGAAUGUAUCAUCUGUGGAUAUGGAGGUCGUACUGUAAAACUGUUUUAUUCAAGAACAAAGAGAGGCAAGUAAUACAGAUUUGUUACUGGAAAGAAAUCCACCACUGACUUGCCUCUACUUCAUCCUGAUGCAAGACUGUUCAGUUUCAUAGGUCUGUAGGACAGCUAUUAAGUAGGACAGGUUCUUCACUUUAAGGAAAGUAGGUUCUAGUUGUAAGCUGGGCACUGAGAAGACAGAACAGAAACUGAGCUGUAAGAUUACUUGUGCCAGCAUAUAAGUCCCUAGAAUAGAUUGUGAGAGUCAUGUCAUGUCCAUUUUGCCUGUACUCUGAGGCAUAUACACAGUACAAAUGUUUACAGACAAGCUACCAGAAUGUUAGAGGACAAGAGGGAAAUACAAGGUUUUUCUUUAAUAUUUUCAUGUUGCUUUCAUCCAGUGGCUGAAAGCAAAACUGUCCCAAUUUACAUCAGGAUUCUGGUUAGGAACAUAAAUAAUUCUUUUCUUCAAGCUCUCAUUCCACUCUUCUGGAUUUUAUUGCUGUGUUUUUACAUUGACAUUCAGAACUGGUGAUAUGAACAAAAUGUUGCAUGCACACUUCUCACUGCUGUACUUUCGGCAUUCAUUCAGAGUUAAUCCCUGUUUUCACAGGCAAACCACCAAAAAGCAACUAAAUUUGCAUAUUUAUCAGUUAUGAGGCUGCAAAAACCCAAUAAGAAGGUUUCAGCUGAAUUAUUACAUUCAGCACUCUCUUUGAUUUCAAGCUUGAGUAGGUCAUAAUUUUAAAAGAGCAUGGAAGGGAGAGAGAAGAUCUUUACAUCCUAAUAGCUCUUUUUAUUAGGAAGGUAAUUAUAUGUGAAUUCCUGAAUAAAAUAUUUGGAAUAAAAUGGCAGAGCUUCAGAAGUAAAAAUUCAGCAAGCUUUUAAAAAUACAGUAUCAUAUUGGGUAUGAGAUUAGAGCUUGAACAGAUGAUCCACUCAAAAUGCUAGCAUAGUUGUGAAAAUGCCUCCCCACCCCUCGCCCCAUGUUGUUUAUUCAAUUUAGUCUCGAAUUUUAAGGCAAUAUUUUUAAUAACGAGGCAGGCUUAUUUAGGAGGUUGAGUUUUUAAUGUUCUGACCAAUUGGUGAUGGCACUCCACUGCAUCCAGUUGUAUGGAUGCUGCAUAGCUCGGUCUCUUGCUUAAAUAAAAGCAAGAAUAGCAAGAUUACUUUCCCAACUUGGCAAGUACAAAAAUAAAUCCUCUUGAGAAUUUUGGGUAGUAUCAUAACACUGGAUUUUGCUGUUAUGUUCCCUAGCAACAAUUCUGAACCAGGGUUUAAAAAUCCAACAACUGAAAAGGAAAUUGUUCAUGCAAAAAUGGUACAAAGUGAAAGCGUUUUCCAUCUUUGUGUAGUCCCGCCACUGUGUCUUCACUUUCUGAUAUGCUAGUCUGGGAGCAGAUGUUUCUACUCUUCCCACUCAGUAUAUAGGACCUAUUCAUUUCUCCAUUCCUUAGGGAUAUAAUAAGGACUUUCACACUCAGAUAUUUUCUGACUUCCAUAGAAACUAUCUUAUGGAGGUAGGUUUUUGUGUGGUUUAAUCUUCAUAAUCUUUUAUUUAUUUGUUGUGAGGAAGAUAGUUUGUUUAACUUAGAAGAUUUUAAUACUUCUUUUCUGUAGAUUCAGAAAUCAAACUAUUUCCUUAUGACAAAACAGUGCAUUUAAAAUAAAGUUCUUAGCUUCUGACAUCAAAGACCUUUGCAUAUUCUGCAUGGGAAAUAAAUACUAACUAUGGAUUAAUCAUGGAGAAAACACUUAAUUAGACUGAUGCUGAUAUUGGACAAUGGAUCUAAAGAAGGCAUGGGGAAACUUCAGCCCUCCAGGUGUUUGGGACUUCAACUCCCACAAUUCCUAACAUCUGGUAAGCUGCCUGGGAUUUCUGGAAGUUGAAGUGGAGGGCCAAAGUUUGCCCAUGCCUGAUUUAAAGUAAUGUCUACUUCUACAGCUUUCCACAGAAAUGUUUGGUUCUAAUCCACUGCAUUCCAGUCUGUCUUACAUCAGGAAACUGUCAUUCAGCAGAAAGAACUUGUUUAGCAUUCAAUCUGAUGGUGGCCUUUAAUCUUCUAGAAGAUCAAGGUCAAUGCCUAAUGUAUGGGAGAUGCCACCUCAUUUUGUCUAGCAGAAUCAGAGGUAUAAACACUUUUUCAAAUGCCUCCACACUACCAUUGAGCCAUAAAUUGACUAAGAAAAUUAUUUAGAAAGUAUCAAAGGCCAAAGGACAAGUCUCUGUAUCUUCAGUGUGCAGGCCCUGGAAGGAUAGCCUUUCAUUUUUCCUUGCUAAGGCCACCUGAUUUUUUACUAUUCAAAAAUAGAGUUUUACGUUUUCCUGUAAAAUGGAAUGCCAGCUCUAUGAAGGGUAGAUGUUAUUUUAUUGUUAUUGAGAUUAGGCUAUUCCAUUGAAUUUUACACUGUUUCAGUGCAAAAUACUUAUCUUAACCUGCUUAUAAACAUUCAAGCCAUUGGACAUAAUUUUAUACAUAUGUACCAAGAAUCAAUUCAUUCCCAUUAAUCAACUAUCCAGAAGAAAGAGAAUGAACUUCAGUUCAUUCUCAAUACCUGUAAUUUCAAUACUUGUUGAAAUUGUGGGUAGUCUCUCUAACAGAUAUUCUUCCUCAAUGAAUUUUUAUGAUAUCCUCCAUAUUUUUCAGGUGUUUCUAUUUAACAUCAUUGGUUUCUGUGCUUUACUCUUCUAAAGCUUCUAGAAUUAAACCAUACUAUUUGAUGUGUCUGUAAAGCUUUUAAAAGUUGUUCUUCAUUGCAAGAACUUUUCCAUUUUGUUGAUAACUGAUUUCUUGUUAUGGAGCUCACAUUUCUCUCCAUUCUUGAUAUUUUUUUUUACUGCUCUUGAUGAAUACUUUAAUAUAGAUAAAGAAUUCAAUUCAUUGAGCUUAUUCUAGAUAGGCUUCACAAUUGUGCCUUGCCCCCUCCUGCAGACAGAGCAUCAUCAAUCAUAGCUUUUGCAACCCAUUUUUUAUCUGUCCUUGAUAAAAUAUUACACUAACAUUCACCAUAAUCAUGAUUUCUACCAUCUUCUUGAUUAUGUCCAUCUUCCAAAAAGGACAGAGUCAAGUGCUGAAGAUUCUGUUCCCAGAUAGGAUAUUGUUGAUCUGGUCUUAUGUGAGCCCUUUAAUUUUUAUUUCUGACAAACCCCAAUUAUAACUUCAAAAUUUACAAAAGAACAGACUGUAUCCUCUCACAAAGCUUCAUCUGUCCUAAGAAUGUCUUCUACAUCUUCCCAUUGGCAUACCAUCUAGUAUUAUCACAGUAAGAUAUUUCCCCAAAAUAAAUGGUUGGGUGAAUCUGUAUAUUUUGCUGUUUCCCACACUGAGGCUUUUUAAAUAAUCCCAAACUCUAUUUAUAAAGGAGUCAAAUUUGGAAUAGGUAAUUCUAAGAAGCUAACUGAAUCAGCCUUUCAGCCAAAUUCAGUACAGCUGCCCCAAGCCCAUGAAAAACUUUCUUGUUCCUGCCCGCUAUAUACCUCUAUUAAAGAUAGGGAGUUUCCCAAGAGGAAAGAAAAUGAGUAGGCAACCCUAAAUCAGUUCUUCAACCAUAGAAUCAUAGAACUGGAAGGGAUCAAAAGGGCCAUCCAACCGAACCACAUUCUGCAAGGCAGGGACACACUAUCAAAGCACUCCAAACUGAAGAGCAUCCAGUCUUUCUUUAAAAGUCUCCAGAGAAGAUGACUUCAUCACACUCCCAAGCAACGUAUUCCGCUAUAGAACAGCUCUUGAAAUCAGGAAGUCUUUUCUAAUAUUUAGAUGGAUUCUUUUUCCUUUAGUCUAAUCCAUUGCUCCACACAACAUCUUCAAGCCUAUGGUAAUGAUUUGCAACCCAUUUACUAUAAGAUAGAAUUUGAAGUAGCAGUUACCUUUGGGAACAAAGUCAGUUUACUUUCAGAUCUUUGUUUAUAUCCACUAUUUCUGUUGAUACGCAGGGCUAAAGUGAUGUUUUGCUCUAGCAUUACCUUUCUGUAUAAGGUGCCAUUCUGCAUACCAUUUCUCUUGGAAAUAUAAAACAGUUAUGUGGGGUGCUUGAUGUAUCCUGCAAAUCCUGAGGGCUUUGGCUUUCUGUCUUCUUCAUCUGCAGACUCCCCAAAGGAUAUAGUCUGUGUCUUAUGUUUCCUUUUUUGAGGAUAAAUGUAUUCUUUCCCAAAUAACCCACUAAUUUGUUUGCUUUCCCUAGUUGAUCCCAACAUUCCUAAUAGUCUUAAGGACAUUCCACCACAUGUUAGAUAAUAUCAGCCUUUUUCCACUGCUACAUGAGCUUUGCCUUCAAUUUUAAUCAAAUAUUCUGCUGCUGACUCAAAUAUCUAUUCAGUAAGUCAUCUUGUGGGCCCUUUCUUGGAAUUUCAUAUGCGUUAGAUUAUAGCUUGUCACACAGUGGAGUUACACAAAAGAAAAAAAUGUAUGGUAAACCUGGAACUAGUUGUCUCUCCGUGGUUAUUUGUGCAGUCAUGUAACCCAUUUCUUGCCCUGGUGCAGUUACCUCUUAACUAUAUUAGCAACUAUCAUAGAUGAGAAGAAGGAAAUAAACAGUUGAGUGCGUCUUCUACAAUCCAGGACAUGUGCUCAUAUGCCAGAGCCAGAUCCCACCAACUUGUGUGCCAGAAAAGUUCCAGAGAUUAUUCUGCAUGGGUACAGAAUCCACUUAACUAAAUCACAAUUGAGAUUCAAAAACAACACUUAUCAACAUGAACAACUUGCCUGUCUCUAAUCAUAGAGAAUGAAUUGAAAGUAUGUGGUUAUUCAUUCAGUGUAUGAUCCCCAUGACAAUGCUAUAUGAUGUUAAAGGCUACCUUGUUCCUUCUUUCUUAUCCUCACUAAAAAGUUAAAUGGAGUGUCAUAAAUACUGAAAGUAGCCAUAUAGGAAUAGCACUGAAUCAAUGAGGGAAACAGAAAAUCAUGUUCUGUGUUGUCUUGGAAGUAUUCUCUCGAGGCUACAUAAAGGGUCUACUUUAUUGAAUAUAAGAACUGCUUUGGAUUUUAAUACAUGAGUAGGAAAGCAAAUAUACCCCACCAGAACCUGGUGUCUGACAGAAAAGUCACAAACUAACUUGCACUGCUUUGAAGAGCCAUGUAACUUACCAUUUAUAGUCUUCAUGGUCCAUCUUCAUGCAUACUUAACAAUAUUUUGGAAAUUAAAAAGGCAUACGUUUCCAACAGGUCCUACUCCUUUCUCUAAUUGUGGUUUAAAGAUAUUGUUAAGUAAAAUUGGUUUUUGAAAUGGCUUUAUGAUAGCCACAUCCCUCCUAGUUGAUUCUGUGACAGACUAGUUCAAUCAGAUUGCCAUAAUCUGAGGCUAUGUAAUUUUUUGUUUAGCGAUCUUAGCAUUGUUCUCAUUUUCCCCCAAUCAUCUCUCCUCUCCUUUCCUCGUCUUUCCCAUUCCUCCUCCUUUUUUAUUUUUCUUCUUGCCCUCUCUUUGAAACUAGUAAUAACAGCGUGGUAUAAAUAUACCAUAAAGCCAUGGAGGCCAAUGGUAUCUCACUGUUAUGCUGUAAAUGUCUUUUGAUGAAGAAUGAGGAAGUGAUGCUGGUAGAUAGAAGGAACAAUGCUGUUUUUAUUAUUGUAAAAUAGAUCUGGCAAUGCCUACCUUUGUGAAUUGCCAUCAUGUUUGGGUGAGGGAGGGCAGGGCAGGGAGGGAAGGGGGUACUUUUUAUAAGUAAUAUUUAAUUUAUUAGAGUGCUUUCCUUGGGAUAAUUUAUGAUUGGGGGGAAGGGAUAUCUGGUUGAGACCUAGAGCAGGAUGUUAAAGCUGUGGUGUAUCUCAUGUUAAUGUAUGUUGAUUUUUGGAUCAACAAUUUCCUCCUCCCAUACCAAUCUCAGUCACAGCGAUGUAAUGCUAUCCUAUCCUAUCCACACAGAUUUUAUCUGAAGCUGAAAAUAACCAAUGCACAUAAUCCCCCCAAAUAUUUCAUUAAUUGGUAUGGAAUAUAUUUGCAGAUGGUUCUGUCAAACUUUAAAAAGUUUUGAUAGCUGUUCAUUUCAGUGGAAGAACUUACACAUUUCAUUAAUAUGUGACAUCAGUGUGAUUUUGAAGUGCACUUGAAGAAAAACUGUCCCACAGUAAAGAAAGGAUUUUUUCCAUAAGGAAAUACCGAAAGUAGGGACAGUUCAAUAUUGAUUUUUUACUUUUCUCAACCUCCUAGCCACAAGCACAUAUUAAAUCUUAUGUCUGCAUCAUUAUGUGUUUUUUUUUAAAAAAAAGUCCACUCAAACUGGAGACAUAGUGUCCAGAACACGUUAUAAUUAUGAAGGUUAAUGGUGAGCUCUUAAUGUCUUGGUUUGGGCCAUGAUAACCUAGAGAAUGCAAUUCCAUACAAAUUUCAUUGAGUUCAGUGAUCUUAUUAACAGGACUGCAAGGUUAACCAUGUGUGUUAUAUCUGAUCUGCACUGCACAGUAAAGAAUAGGGUGCUCUAAAUUACUGCUUCUUAAACUGUUGGCCCCAAUUCCAAAUGGAGUCCCCUUAGCUCAAUGUUGGGUUCAUGAAAAAUUGGCAAAAGGAAAAGACUUCUGAUUGCCACCGAUUUGCACCAUUCUGUUCACAACAAUGUGUAGUGUCUACAGUGAACUCUGCAGAAGAUGCUUCAGCUGCAUUUCAUAAAAAAGAAAAUCAGCCUGUUUAGCAUGCCUUGCAAAUGCUGAUUUGUUAUCAGGAAAUGUUUGGUUUUUAUACCUAUUUUUUAUACUUAUAUACCUAGGGUCUCAUAAAAUUUUCUCAGGUGGAAAGAGGUAAUGAGUGGAAAAGGUUUAAGAAGUUCUGCUCUAAAUCACUGAGCAGAAUUCACUAAAACAAACAGCAGUUCCAUGGAUUUCUGUGCAGUCCCCAUUUAAUUUAUUCUAGCUUGUUCAGGAGAACCUUUCAGAAUCUCAAAAUCCUCUCAAUCAAUAAAAGCAGUAGAAAUAAUCGGGAUAUGAUAUAUUAAGCAUUAUCUCUCCUCAGUUUUUGAUGAAAUUGUGUGUGGAUAUAUCAUCGAAGAAUUUUGAAGGACUGUAUCCUUGUGUGGCUUCUAGGAGAUUCUCCAUGGGUUAACACUCAAGUUAUUCCAUAAUCGUGAAGAGGGGCUCCAUACAUGUCAAUAUCUCUAUAUUGGGAGGCAUUUAUCCAAGAAGAGUUACAUUACAGCUUUAACUAGCCUUAGGAGAACAAAAUCUUGUUCUGUCAAAAAAGCCUAAAGUUAGGCAUUUUGAGCCUACAAAGGUUUUCUUUGAAUUGUUGGACUCUAGCAUUGUUAACCAAAUUAGAUUAGUGAUUGCAAUAUUUAAGUGUAAAUUUCAUUCUGCCAGAAAGGGAACUUGAUUAGGAUUUGAAAAUAAAUGACUGUUUCUACACAACCUUGUAUACUACGACUACAUGAAGAAAAAGGGGAGGGUUUUGUAAUGUACUGUAGAACAGUCUCAUAUUCAUUUUUUAUAGAAAUGGUAUUCCAAUGGUGCAUUUUCUUUUGUUUAAUAAAUAAAGUUUUGAUACAAAAA